AUGCUGUUCCUGCAUGGCAAAAAAAUAUUGACUAUUAUAAUUUUUUUAUUGAUUAUUAUUGUUGAUUGUGGGAGAGAUUUUUAUAAAAUAUUAAAUGUUCCAAGAAAUGCAAAUCAAAAUCAAAUAAAGAAAGCAUAUAGAAAGUUGGCAAAAGAAUUACAUCCUGAUCGAAAUCAAAAUGAUAAUCAAGCUAAUGAGAAAUUUCAAGAUUUAGGAGCGGCCUAUGAAGUAUUAUCAGAUAAAAAAAAACGUGCUAUCUAUGAUCGACAUGGAGAGGAAGGUUUAAAAGAAAUGCAAGGUGAUAGUGGUGGUGGAUUUAAUCCAUUCAAAGAUUUCUUUGGUAGUGGUAGUCCAUUUAAAGACUUCUUUGGUGAUGGUUUUAGUGAAGAAGAAACUGAAGAGGUUAUUCAUAAAGGAAGUGAUUUAAAUAUUGAUUUAUGGAUAACUUUGGAAGAAGCAUAUAAUGGUAAAAUUUUAGAUAUUCAAAGAGUUAAAUCAUAUUACAAAGAAACGAGUGGAACUAGAAAAUGCAAUUGUAGAUUAGAAAUGAGAACUAAAAACAUGGGUGGUGGUGCUUUUCAAAUGUUCCAAGUUCAAGUAUGUGAUAAUUGUCCUAAUAAAGAAAUUGUCCAUGAAGACAUUGAAUAUAAUAUUGAAAUAGAAAAAGGUGUUGAUGAAGGUCAUGAAAUUCUUAAACAUGGUGAAGGUGAACCACACAUUGAUGGUGAAUCAGGUGAUUUAGUGCUACGAAUAAAAUUAGAAAAACAUCCAAUAUUUGAGAGGCGUGGAGAUAAUUUAUAUACAAAUCUUACAAUUUCUUUAGAGCAGUCAUUAAUUGGAUUUCAAAAGGAAAUAGUCCAUAUGGAUGGGCAUAAAUUAGAAAUAACCCGACAACAAGUUACUCCACCUAAUUCAAAGAUACGUAAAAAGGGUGAAGGAAUGCCUAAUAUAUCAGAUAACACAAAAAAAGGUGAUUUGAUUGUUACAAUUGAUGUUGAGUUCCCUAAAAUAUCUUUAUCAACAUCAGAGAAGGAAGAAAUAUCAAAAAUUUUAAAACAACCAUCAUAUGAUAAUAAAAUAUAUAACGGGUUGUAG